AUGACAUCAAAGGGCAUGGCCUUACCGGCCCAUCCUUACUACCCGAUCGGCCUUGAGAUAGCAGGUUAUCUAGCCAAUGAAUGGGACACUUUAACGCUGUUGUUUAUCUUUGCUGCUGGAUGUACUGCUAUAUUUUCAGUCACCUAUUUGGUGGUAAUGAAAGUUCACCCACGCAUAUCACCUGGCGGCUUCAUCCAUCUCUUCCUCGAAGGCUACUAUGUUUAUAAUUUCAGACAUAUGCCUGGCAUGCAAGACCUCUUUGGGCAACUCUGGAAAGUGUAUUCGCUCUCUGACAGCCGAUACCAAACCCAAGAUGCAUUCGUGUUGUCCAUGGAGGCUAUAACGUCCAUUUGCUGGGGACCUCUGUCGUUUGUCCUCGCACUUACGAUCAUGACACAAAAUAAUCUCCGCUAUCCAUUCCAAAUCGUCGUUUCUCUCGGCCAACUCUAUGGUGAUGUUUUGUAUUAUGCUACUAGCCUGUUUGAUCACUACAUACUGGGACUGUCAUAUUCGAGACCAGAAGGGCAAAUAUUUUGGGGCUUAUUUGUAUUCCUCAAUGCCUUCUGGGUUUUUAUCCCUAUACGUGAGUUUCGAACGGGUAAUUCGGAUCCGACAGUACUGAUUAUUGACCAGAUCUAUUAUACACUGGCGUGUUAG